AUGAGCCUCCUGUCCAGUCGCCCGGCCCGUGUCCCGGGUCCUUUGGGCUACUUGUGCGCGCUGCUCGCGCUGCUGCUGCUGCUGACGCCACCAGGGCCCCUCAGCCCAGCUGGUCCUGUCGCUGCUGCGAUGAGAGAGCUGCGUUGCAGUUGUUUACAGACCACGCAGGGAGUUCAACCCCAAAUGAUCAGUAAUCUGCAGGUGUUCGCCAUAGGCCCGCAGUGCUCCGAGGUGGAAGUGGUAGCCUCCCUGAAGAACGGGACGGAAGUUUGUCUCGAUCCACAAGCCCCUUUUCUAAAGAAAGUCAUCCAGAAAAUUUUGGACGGCAGUAGUCCAACAAGGGGUUUGGCAUCUCAAUCUAUAAUACCUCCCCUCACUUUUACCAGGGACCCUUAUGAUCUGGAAAUUACAAAGAUGAGGAACUCUCAGUCUAAGUUAAGGUUUUCUGCUGCAAAUAUACUCAGUUUUUCCACAGAACAAAGAUUUUCCGUUUUGUACACUCAGUUUAUCAUCAUCUGUACUGUGUUUCUCAGCGUGGAAAUGGAAGGCAAUGAUGCAAACGACAGUAACAGCAGUUAA